GACGGGCUGAAGGGUGGAGGACGUGGUAGAAUGGCAGGAAGCAAAACGAUGAUGAGAGUGCACUCAAUGUGCCAAGUGAACGAGGGAAUGGAGAGACCAGCCGAACCGCCCCUUGAUGUGAGGUGGGUGACUUUGAUGAGCGUGGAUAGUGCGAUUGCUGAGUGGUGCGGAGUGAGUGAGUGAGUCGGACGAGUGAUUGCUCAUGGGCCCUCUCAUUGGCAAGCAGGUGCAGCUGCGAAUUGCAGCGUCCGCUCAUUUGCAGCUCUCUCUCGCCCCUCGUCCCUGUCGCUCGCACCAAUGUCCCGCGGGCGUCGUCGUCGGCGUCGAGCGUCGAGCAUCGAGCGUCGAGCCAUCGAGCAUAAGGUCGAGGAGCUGCGACAGUGGCUGGCUGAUGCUAAUGGACCUGAGUUGGAGCGACAAAGUGCGAGCGCAAUUGCGAGUAGCGUCGUCUAACAGCCGCGCCCGCGCCGCGCCCGCGUCUAGCCCGCCUCCGCCUCCUGACUGAGCCUUGAUUGCCCUUGUCAGCCUCGCGCCGAUUCAGCCUUUUCCAAGCCGCCGCUGGGUUCGGAACACAGCCUCCAUCGGCGGGCGGCGAGUAGCGGCG